UCUCCCUUUUCUACUUUGUGAUCGCCGACCUAACUAAAACAGUUAAUUUGUAUACCUAAAAUCCAAAAGAUUUCUUCAUCUAAUUUAUGAAGUUCGUAUUUUUAUCCAUUAUAGCGACAUAAAGCUCAGAUUUUUAUUUCAAUUUAUCUCUAAGUUAUAAGUGAUGGUGUCGAAAAAGAUGAAAGCUUUAAGGAAGAACAACUGUAGAGAAGUCAAAGAAAUCGAUGAUGAUCAUGCUGCAUAUCUUCCUGAGGAUUUAAUAAUCGAAAGCAUUCUCACUAGAUUGCCAGUUCGGACUCUAGCUCAAUACAGCUGCGUCAGUAAGUUAUGGUACAAUUCAAUUUUUAAUGAUCCGCAAUUUGCUAAGACUCACUUUGCUAAUAGCAAAAAUCGUAAUUUGAAUCUGUUCGUUCAACUUCUUAAUGUAUGGGUAGGUCGUCCAAAAUCUUCUUUUUUUAGCGUAGGUAAUGAUUACGAACAUAGAUUGCUUUGUAGCUUAAAAAUGCCAGCCACAUGUGAACCAGUAGGUAAUUGUGAUGGUUUAGUUUGUAUUACACAAGGGCGUAAAGAUGCUCAUGGUCCGGCUUUAAUGCUUGUCGUUAAUCCUAGUAGGGCUGAAAUAAUUGCACUCCCCUAUUUUCAUCCCCGUGACAGGGAAUGCGAAUAUUUGUGUCAUGGUUUGGGUUUUGAUUCAUUAUCAGGGGAGUAUAAGGUUGUAAUUAUAUUUACUUUGAAAUACAAUGUGGAGUUUAUCACCAUGGUCUUUACUUUGGGUACUAAAUCAUGGAGAAGCAUCGUUACUAGUGUUGCUGAAAUCUCCCCACCACCAGGUUGUUCUCCUUUUCCUAGACAAAUGGUAACUGAAGUUUGGGGAAACAUACGUACACCAGCCACUCUUUGCGGGGGCGCUCUUUUCUGGAGGAUAACCAAUAGAGAAGUAGAAGAAGAUGAGAUAAUAAUCGCUAUGAUAUUCAUUAUAAUAAUAAGACUGGCAUGUUGCUCUCGUUUGACAUUCACAAGGAGAAGAUUCAAUUCAUUCGACUCCCGACUGAAUGUUAUCUAAUCCCAAACCCGACGAAUAUGGUGAUCGAACAUCAACUUUUGGAGCACAAAGGGUAUCCUUGUGUUGCACUCUGAAAAAUCAAUGGGAAACGACAUACAUUGCAGCAACCCUUGCUGUAAUGCUCAGACUAGUUUUUGUUGUUGUCGUUUUACGGUUCAACUUUAUUUAUUGAAGGACAAGGAAAAGCAAGUGUGGACCAAAGGGGAGACUUUGGGUGUUCAAGUUAAGGAGUUACGUUUACUAGAAGGUCCCUUCCGUUGUUACUUCGACACUGCUGCUGCUACCACUACUGCUAGCUUUCCUACACGAAUACUGAGCGUCUCUGAUCAGGUGCUAUUAUAUUUGUUUGAUGGAGAAUAUCUUAAACUCUACAAUUUUCAAACGAAACAUCUCGAGGUGGUAAGAUUACUUUCCUCCACUGAUUUACGAAGUCGUGGCCUUUUUGAAGCUAAGAUGAAAGGCAAUGAUGAUAAAGAUUAUAAAGAAGAUGCUAUGUACUGCCCCUAUUUGGAUUAUCAGCUACAUGCUCAAGUUGAAAACAUCCGUUAUCUGAAGUCCUUCAUUCCUGAAGGAGAAACUAGAACGUUUCUUCAGUUCCAUGAAUUUAUGCAGAUUUUGCUGGCAGGAAAAAAUGAUUUACCUGCAGGAUGGGUGCAUACAAGAAGAGACUUGGUAAAAGUUCAUGCUUUCUUUAGGUAGUUUUGGAAUACUAUCCUCCUUCACCUUAUGGUGGUCGGUUUGCGACUGUAUUGUUGAGGUUUAUGGCAAUUGUUUUUUAUUUAUUUCUUGAAGAUUUUUGCUUA